CCCCACAGUCAACAUGGAGCACCCACCACCCCUCUCUGCUCCCGUCCCCCAUGCACUCGACGUUGCCCAAAACUCGCAAGGCCCGAUUCAAGCCCGACCUGACGCCACCAAACAAAUCAGUACUUAACUUGACGUACCUCAGAUUUUCCGCGGCCGCAGGCGAAAAUCCCACCAGGGUCUUAUCACAUCAAUCUGUCAAUCGUUGCGCCGCUCGCGAACCAUCCUUCCCACACUGUCGCAGUAUCUGCCCAAUGUUCACCUACUCAUGUCCAGUCCGUCUCGUAAGCCCGAAAAUGCCGCAACCGCUGCACCGAUGAGCUGCUCUGCCCCGGCCGUUGCCCUGCAGCAGCAGCCAGCGCAAGGGCGAACACCAGAAGCAGCGGUCCCGGUGCCCACCACAAAGACCCAUCCCCAUCCUGACAUGCAGGUCAAGGUGGGUGCCAGCGUGGAUAAUGUCGACAAGUCGAAUUCUGUAGCUGCCGCUGGGAUCGCGAGUGACAACCAUCCCGCCGUGUCUCAAACUGUGACUGGUGGUCUUCAGUCUGUGUCGUCGUCGUCCCCUGUACUCCUAGCACCCCUGGCGAACCAUGUUUCGCCUGUAGUGCCAGGUACCUCGGACUCUAAUAUACCAUCCAUAUCAAACAUUCCCUCUCCCCCCGUCGCAGCCAGUUCUGCCGACCAAAACAGCAAUAAGAAGAGUCGACCGCCCAUCGUACCUCUCCGAUCCAAUGGGCCCUCUUUGCUGACACAGGCUCUUGCUUCUGCUCGGGGUAUUAUUCCUGCCAGCAACUCCAAGCAGCAGACUGAACGACUUGCCGAGCAGAAGUCUGCCCCAGCAAACGACAUAAGAAGUUCUCAUGAUGCGCGGCCCAGUCAUGCUCUCGCAAACCCUCCUUCAGAUCACCAUGACAUUCUCUCGCCAUCUUGCGGUGGGUCGCUGACACCAAGAGCAUCCUCGCUGAACACUGGUAUAGCGACGGCGACGACCCCGAACUUCUUGACAUCUCCCAUCGCCAUCAGCGAUACAGACAUGGGCAUUCCUCCCCAAUUCGACAUGCCUGGCCUGGUGGAUGCCAUCACGAAGCUACACGGCCAACGAGAGGCCCUUGCUUCCUCUGCAUCAAGACCACGAUCACUGGAACGCACCGAUAAGGAAAUCCGAACACAGCAAUUGGAUGCCAACGGAAACCACUCAAGCAACGUCGGUGACACGUCGUUGCCACAUGGUCGUCUAGGGAAAGAGCCAAUCCUUAUCAGCCCUGAUCAGUCCAAUUCAUCGACCGAAACCCGCAUUCAAUACAGGACAUGGAGAACAGACCGUACGCUAUCAAUGGGUCCAGGCCAGGCUUGGUCAAUAGGUCGGGGCGACGCAUUGGGAGUGGAGGCGGGGCAGGUUGAAAAGUCUAUCACCGAAGCCCUCGCGGGCGUCGAACCGACGCGAAGUCGCAAGGCCAGCCACAGUCUUCGUUUCUUCAAGGAAGGCCUGCCCGACGAUAAAGGCAAGCGCAAAGACACGAAGUCUGGCAGCUACGCUCGAGACAGACCACCUCCAGUCCAGGAACAGCCGAGCGAAGAUGGCCAACUGGCGACCGAGGAGAAGCGGGUGCCGAGCUCAGGGCGGCCCCCUCCAUCUCCACAAGACAUGACGCCUCCUGCACAAGCACUAUCAAGAACCCUGUCCAACCCAUCCGCUGGCUCGGUUGUUGAGUCUCCCAUCGAACAGGGGGAGACCGACUACUUCAGCUUCCAGAAGCCUGAGAAGGCCGACGCGCCUGCCUCCGUUUCCCGAACCCCGGAGUGGCAUGAUGCCAAAGCGGGUGCUCAGGGUUUCCGACAUGACGAUGCGCCAUCAAGCUCAGUAAUCACGUCAAGCCAUGUCUCACCCGAAGAGGAGCGGAGGAUGUCACGUGACAGCACCGACAUCGGAGAUGCUCAUGAAGAGGGAGAUGAAUCUGGAGAGGAGAAGAUAUCGUCGGCUGUCUUUGUACCACAUCACGGCCUCGAAGAAGCGUCCGAAUGCGCUAAGCCCGCCCCGGCCAAACCUGGGAGGCCACAGGUGCCCCACCGAGCAUCUGUUGCAGAGAAGAUUAACCCUUGGUUGGUUAAGGCGGAUGAGCCCGAAGUUGAGCGGGAGACGGCAGACCAUGAAGUGGAAGAGGGUUCCCACAACACUCAUGACGAUCAUGGUGUCCACACCCCCAAAGAUGCGCCGAGCCAGGGGGAGGAUGAAUUCGCUGUUGAGGAGGAUGAACUCCCCGAGUCAGAAUGUACUCCAAGUAAAGUCCCACAGCCGGUGUCUCAGUACUACGAUGAACAUGUACACGGCCAUCAAUUUACUCCUAAAGAGCCUCUCGAGGCAAUUGAACUUAUUCCGUACAAGCACCAAGUUGGUGGUCAUACGACGUUGUGGAGGUUCUCCAAGCGCGCCGUGUGCAAGCAACUGAAUAACAGUGAGAACAAGUUCUACGAAAACAUUGAGCGCUUCCACCGCGACUUGUUGCAAUUUUUGCCAAGGUACAUCGGCGUUCUCAACGUUACGUUCCAGAAGCAACCACGGCGUAAGUCCACUAUCAAGCGUGACGAUCGCACCACUCAGGCCGUACAUCCUGGCGACCAUGGUGUGCAAGCGAGCGAGACCAGUGAGAAUUCCUACCCCGAGGUCCCACAAACGCCGAACGUCUCGCCCAAGCAGAACAAGGACCACCGCAGAAUCGUCAGCCAGUCACUCCAAUCGCAGCCCAUCCCGAUCCCCACCGUGACUUUUGUCGAUAACCAGCACAUACUUCCGAGAAGUUUCCUCCUUCCGCAUACGACCAGCCCGCCACACCGCGUUAGAAGCGCGUCGGAAGCCAUCGUCCAGCUCAGCAGUGAAGGCGCGAGAUCCAACGAAAGAGAGCAGCUAGUAAGGCGACCGACACUGGAAGACCGACAUGCUAAAAGCUGGGGUGCCACUACCGUGAACAAACGACUGCGAAAUGAGGUAUUCAGCGACGCGUUCCUUAAACAACCGAUCACGGUCCAGAGACACCAGAAACCUGCUUCCCAUCAGCGGACCAUAUCGCGGCGGUCCAUCCACCAGCAGAUGAUUCGCCCCAGCACCUCGGAUCCGGCUCUGCUGCGUUGCAAAGCUGAACCAAAUGGCACAACGGGAGGGCCACACGGGCAUAGCCCGCUACGAAAUAAGGCUCGCCUUCCCCAUACUCAAAGUGAUCUUGGCCACGAGGAGGAAGGCCUGAAAGUGGACCAUGCAGAACAUGAAAACGUCAAGGAUGUCACAGGGACUAGUGCGCCUGAACAAGACACAAUGACGGACGAAUUUGCCGCUCAGCAGCGUCGGAAGCGUCGAUACUCAGGCACUGGCCUGAGGAGAAAGCCCGAUGAUGUCUCUGGGUCCCGUGGCAAUCUCAUCUACUUUGAAGACGUCGACGACAGAGACUACAAAGGCGAUAACAAAUCAUUUACCCUGCCGCCAUCUCACCUCAGUAAUACGCCGCCGGACGUGCCUGUACCCCAGUCUGAUUAUUCUUCGGCCUUUGCAUCUGAACUGCCAAGCCCGGCCAUGGAGCUCAAGCGAAUUCCUCGGCCAGUCAACCCCAAGGAAGCUCAGACUCAACAGGAAUCCCACAUCAAAUUCUUCCUUCUUUUGGAAGACUUGACCGCUGGGAUGAAACAUCCUUGCAUCAUGGAUCUGAAGAUGGGAACGAGGCAGUACGGAAUCGAAGCGAGCCCCAAGAAGCUCGAAUCGCAGCGUCGCAAGUGUGCAGGGACAACCUCGCGGGAGCUGGGUGUACGUGUUUGUGGGUUGCAGACGUGGAAUGUGAAAGAGCAGCAGUAUAUAUUCAGAGACAAGUACUAUGGUCGUGACCUCAAGGCAGGGGCGGAAUUCCAAGAUGCCUUAAGGAUGUUUCUUUCCAACGGAGUGGACGAUUCGAGUGUUCUGCGACACAUACCCACAAUCUUGCAGAAGCUCACGCAGCUCGAGGAGACAGUGCGGCGCUUACGAGGCUACCGCUUCUACGCGGCAAGUCUCCUAAUGUUCUACGAUGAGAAUACAGAUGGGGAGGACUACGACACAGUCGUAGACGACUCGACUACUGAUUUCGCGACGGACACGGAGGAGACAUUGGGUGCGCGGCGACGCCAACGAAAGGAGAUUGAUUUCAAGAUCGCCGACUUUGCCAACAGUGUCACGCCGGAUGAUUUGGUUCAUGACAAGCCUUGUCCACCGCAGCAUCCAAAUGAGCCAGAUCGCGGCUUUCUGCGCGGCCUGAAAAGCCUCAAGAAGUACUUCCUUCGCAUCCAGAACGAUAUCAGGGGCGAACUUAGGCUUGUAUCGCAUUACCGGCAGGAUCGCAUGGAUCAAGAGGCGGACUAUUUCGAAGACGAGGGUUCUGUAAGCGAAUGA